AUGGCCACGAGGGAUUUAUACGAUAGCGCUCUUGCGCCUACCGCCUCACCCUCGAUCUCCGUGUCGCUUCCUCCUACUCCACCACGUUCAACAUCUGACCCUACAGAUACGCACGCUUCGGAAACUACGCCUCCUCAGCCUUCAGUUAUGCAGUCCCAGCUACCCGAGGGCGUCGACGCGAACUCACCUUCACUCCUGUCUAUGCUCAAAUCCGUUCCCAACCAUUUACAUGCCAACCUGCCUAUGCCACAUGAAUGGCCAUCUCUCUACUCUGGCUUCGUUCUCAAAAAUGCGUCCUCUGUUGCGCAAAUCGAAUCGGCGCUCCGUAGCCUCACUUACAUCAUCCCCGGCCGGUUCCGCGAUGCUGAGAUUGCCUCGGAAUCUCUUCAUUCCUCUAUCCAACUGCUCUCACUCUAUCACGACUCACUAUUAGCUCGCGCCGUUGCAAGAUUACCUGGCAUGCCGCAUGUCGAUAACCCCCAUAAUCGGUACACGAAAUACUGGACAGGAAAGUCGAAGGUAUAUACGAGGGUUGCGUUGGUACUCCAAUGCGCGCAGUAUACGGAGCUGUUGUGGGAGAUGACCGCGAAACGACGCGGGGAGAAAGUCCGAUGGCGAGUUGUGGUGCUCAUAGAAGCGCUGAAGGCUCUCUGCCGACUGUUCCUCUUGCGCAUAACUGGCGGGCGCAUGGUUGUCCCACCGUUACCCGACCGGGAGCCGAUCCCAGAGGAGCCCACAGAUGACAACGAGUUGGAGUAUGGGGAGGACGAGUGUUUCGUCAAAGAGGAGAAGAAGCCAAAGGAGUGGUCAAUGCCGCGGACUGGUCUAACUCUCCCGGCUCUACCGAGCCCCAGUGAUAUCAGCAGCUUUCUCAUGCGAAAAGUGCUGACCGCUGAUGAUAUCAAGCCCGCCACGACUCUCCUGUCACGUAUCUCUGGAACGGCACAUCUCGCUGAGGUUCUCCAUAUCCUUCGACCAGUACUAUACGCCAUCGCCAUGUCACGAAACAAGGACAAGAAGAGCUGGCGGCCAUGGCUUUUUGCGAUCGCCAUUGAACUCUCUGCGAGGCAGUUGCGAGCUGAGAGAGGGCGUAAUGGAACGCGAGAGACAGCGCUGGAGAAAGAAGAGUGGAAUAGGAGAGGGCGGGCUAUGGGUUGGUGGACGUUGAGAGGCGCGUUCUAUGAGAAUGUGACGAAAGGCUGGGUGCAAAGCUUGGUGGGUGCUAAGUACAUGCCGGGCUUGGUGGGUGGUAUUCUGGAGGAUUAUGCAUUUUUAUGGGAGGAGUAUCAUUUCGCAUCUGAUGAUAUGUAA